AUGGGAUUUUUGAGUGGUGUUCUCAGUAACAUCCAAGGCCAUUUAGGGCAGCAUAAAAACACUUUAGAUAGUGCAAUUGAGAGUCUUGAGCAAAAUAAACACGGCGGUAAAAACGGUUUUAAUGCUGCGAUUGGAAUGGUGGUCGAAGGGGUGCGGGGGUAUAAUGAGAGUGUUAGAAAAAGUAUUUUGAAUGUAAGGAAACAAAUAAAAAAUUUCGAAAGAGACAUUAACACGCUAAAAAUAAAGAUGAAUGACAUAAAUGAAAAUAUCGAUAUACGUUUUCAUUCAGAAGCCGAGAAGGCAGAAAAGUCCGUCAGAAAUGCGUCGUCAAAUUGUCAACAGUAUGCUGCGACGUUUAAUGAGACUUUCAAUCUGAAGACGAAAACAGAGAUGAAAAAUUAUAUUAAUGAUUUGAAUCAUCCGCUGUCACUCAAAGUAAUAAAAGCUGUAGGCUUCGUCAAAGAUGAAAGUGAGAGAUUCAAGAAGUUGUCAGAUAAGGAAAGCAGAGACUUUGAUACUAUGAAGUCUAGGAUCGAGAGUGUCUGUACGGAUCAUGGAAAGAAGGUUAAUGCGCAUAUAUGUAAUGAAGUGACUGAACUUGUCACGAAAUUGCGGAUGUUGGUUAGGGCAAUUUUGGAUGAGCUGAAAAAAAUUGAAAAAAGCUUGUUCGAGUAUGUGCAGGAUUUGAGUAAAUGGAUUGAGCAGGCAAACACUGCCGUGGAAGCGGCGUUAAAAAAAGUUGAAAAAAUUAUAUAUGAAGUAGAUGACAAAUCUGUAUUCAACAAAGUUAAGCCUAUUAAGGACGCUGCCCAAGAGCUGUACGACCGAGCAUUCGAGUUAUUCGAUGCUGGGAACAAGGCCAACAAAGCAGCUGACGAGCACGUAAAAGCAGCGCUUGGGAAGGUGAAAGAGAUGGACGAGGCGCUAAAAGGGGAUUUGUGGAAGGUGAAGGAUGCUGUUGAUGCGGCAAUGAAGAAGUUUGUCACGGCGUAUCUCAAAGAGGUUCAACUGCGAGUUGGAGUUAUUAAGGGGCACAUUGGAGAUAAAGCGAAAGGUAAAGAAAGCGGGAACAAAAAUAGCAUUGAUUACAAUUGGGAUGAGUUGAAAAAACAAAUCAAUAAACUCGUUCAAAGCCUAACAAAUAAGGUUGCAAGUCGAAAAGCCGGUCACCUUCAUGACAUUGAAAAGAAAAUAAAAGAAUAUGAGGAAGAGUUCAGCGGACAGGUGGCAUUUAACAAUGUGAUAGGUAGGUGGGUUGAUAAGAUACUGGAGCAUAAUAUUCUGGUAAGGGAGUGUAUGGAAGGAUACGUUUUUGCCAAUAACAAGAGCCAUCUUCAGCAUAAAUAUAAACAGGAAGCAAAUGGAAUAUACCGUCAACUUAAUGAGGUCAUUAGAGAUAAUAUUAAGAAGCAUUUACCAAUCGGUCUCAUUGAAAAAGCCGUCACCGCUUCCGUUGCGGCCUCUACAUCAGCAAGGCGCGGUACAGAAAUUGAACGGUCGGUGGAAGCUGUUCAGCGAGUUUGUUACAAAUUCGCCGAGGGGCUUGAAGUACAAUUAUCGUCUGAAAAGAUUGAUGAACUAUCCUCUAGUAUGGUUGAUGAGAUCGAAAAAAUUGUGUUGAAUCCCGGAGCAUCCUCUAUCACUGCCAAAUCUCAUCUCAAGUUCGCAGUACAAAUUACCUUGCAUUCAUUGUGUAUUACCGCUAGACAGGUGUGCGACAAUUUGUACCAAUUCACCGUAUCCCUUUGCAACAUAGGCGGUAACGUGCAGCAAGCGAUGAAUAAUGCCAUGUCAAUCGGAAAGCAGUUUGCAGACAAAGACAGAGAAAGCCUGAGUGAUGAAGAUGCAGGCCCUAAAAUUACUGCAGCAUUGAAUAAGGUGAAGCAGGAUAUUUCUGGACUGGAAAGUGAUCUCGUAGAGGCUGUUGCCCCUACCGGUGGCGAACCCUUCGAUCCUGACUCACACAGUUCCGGCGACAUUCUUAAAACAAAUGUUGAUGCAACCGUUGCAGGCAUACUAAGUAAGAAGAUCGGCAAUACUCAACGUCAAGCAGGUGGCGAAAAUAAAGUGGUUGUCGAUAAGAAGAUAUUUCACGGUUAUAAUAUACACGUCAAUCAAGAUGCAAUUGAUAAGGUAGCCGCCGGGCAGCUUACCGGCACUACCGAUGAAGGCUCCCUCCCCCAGGCGAUCGGUGCGAUUAAGACAGAAGUAGAGAAAGCUUUGUCCUCAAUUGGAGACAUAAAUGGCAAGGUCCAAACACAGUUCAAUACAUUAACAUCAAAUUUUCAAAACCUUUGUGAAGCUGUCAUGAAAGCGGCGAGAGAUGAUAAGGAUAACGCUAAGACAAACUUGGAGAAGUUGAAAAAUACGUACUUUAAGCAUUACGACAGUAAGAAGAAGGAUGCAGAAGAUAGCAUAAAGAAAAUCAAGUAUGACCUCGACACGUUGUUAUCAGGUUCAGUGUAUCGAGCCGUUAAUUUGGGUGACAAAUUCUUAAAAACUGAAGCAGAUAAAUUGCGCGACGAAACCACCGAAAAACUUAAACAGCAAAUCGACGACGAAGUAGCGAAAGCGAAAAAGGAGCUCACAACACGAGCCCGGAUAGAUUACGUUUCCACUAUGAAGAUGCUACUCUUGCAAUAUGAGGACAGGGUCGCUAAGGAACUCACUGGCAUUCCGCAGGAAAUUAGCGACGACCUGAUUACGGGCUUCAAGGGUUUCAUGGGAACGUUUGCCGGCGAAAAUGGCAGAACAGUUUCCGAUGUCAAUAUAGAGAAGCUUAAAAGUGUUGCAACAACUAUGUCCUCGACUAAAUACGAUCCCAAGCAAUUCACAGAUUUGGCCAAGCAGUUCCAGUCAUUCUGGCAUCCACUCAACACGUACCUCAAAAAAGAGAUCAAACGAGCCCACGCAGCGAAUAACGAGAAAACCAAUCCCGAGCCCACCGACGUAGAAAAAUUGUACACUUCCAAGAUUGAUUCCGUUACUAACGAACUAAACAUUCUGCUAAACCAUCUUCGUGAACAUAAUAGGUACGACAAUAAGAUGCCUGAGAUGCUCGACAUCCUCUCCACGGAGGUCGAUGGUCUCCACCCUGAGUCAUUUUCUGAGCCGAGCACUCCGCUGCUUGACGGUAUAAGUAAGGGGCUGGGUAAGUUUGCGGCUGAGCUUAGUAAGACAUAUUUAAACGCGUACGACGGAGCUUCGGAUGGCAUGGUAUUGGUCGACGCAAGAAAUGAUAAAGUGACCGAUGAUGGCAACAAGUGCGCUAAAGUGUGCCUGUCGCUGCUCUCCAUCCUGUAUUCCGAGUUCAAGACUUUACUGAAGUACUGCGUUGCAAGGUGUAAAAGCGAUCAAAUAAACAUAAACACAGAGCUCGGAAAAUAUUUCGCCACUCAAGGCUACAAGGUUACCGAGGACGAGAAGAAGCACGGUGAGCUGCAGGACAGUAAAGGCAUGACAGGAUUAUUCAUCUGCAAACGUAUGUUCGGGAAAGAUGAACAACACGUUUACAAUAUUGACAAAUCUAAGCAGAACGCACUGGAUAAGCUUCACGACUGCCUCCAAACAUAUUACCAAGUCAGCCACGUCGCCACCUUCUCUGCGAGGAAACGUCCAUGUAACAUAUUCGAGAUGCUUUGCUGGGUGUCCGGGCUACCGUGCAAUAACGUGUAUGCUGACUUGUUAGACGUCGCUCUAAGUGACCUAUUUGUGGAUCCAAAGAAGGAGACAACACUUGAAGACAUCACCGUGUCGGAUGUCACCUCCGAACCCCUCGCAGCGUACCCACUGUCGAUCGCAUAUGACGACACACGCAGGGCGGUGAAACGCCUGUGUUCCAGAUCCCACGAUAUUCUCACAACAAUCGCUGGAUCCGGGGACGCGCACUCCAUGUACGCCGUCGACUACUCCACCAAUUCGCUGAACUUUCACUACCCAUCCAAGGGCGAAGAUUGCCUCCAGAUGCUAUUGGACAUUCUUCGCAGACUACUACCCUCGCUUAAAUUUUUGCAUACUCAAUGCGGCCUAAGCUCUGCAUACCACGGCUGGUCCGGCUGUCAGUACGGCAGAGGAGUCAAACACUCCAAUUGGCAAUGCGGUGAACACCCCGCCAACGAGUCAACCGAUUGCCUACCUAGAUCACCGCUGAUGUCGUAUCUUCGCGACAGCCUACCCGGGUGCCUGCCUCACCAGUUGGUUUCAGCGGGGUGUAAGUCCGAGUGUAAAACGUGUCCCAAAAGCCUACCCGGUGCGCCAUGUAUAACACCACUUGGCUUUAGGGGUUUCUCGGGAAGCACGAAGACAGGUAAGGACAUAUGUACCGUGCUGACCAAAUUCUUCGACAAUUCGAAUAUUAACGCGCUCUUCGGUCUGCUGCCCAAGCCGCCAUCUACAUUGCCCGAACACUUCCAAUUUGCGUUGACGUUAAGUAGUAUGUUAGAUAAUGCUAACGCCGCUAGUGAUGUCAGCUUAGCUUUUGUAACGAAAACGAAAGCGCUGUCCAUCGAUCUAUACAAAGAGACAAGCAAACUCACAGGUGCGCUGCAGAAUGCAUAUCGCAACCAAGCAGGCCACACCAGCUCAGACCAUUCCAAAUCUACGGAGGCUGACUUGUCGAGCCUGUCGAAAGAUUCGUGCAAUCUACCUCAUGAGAGGGAUAUUCACUGCGCUCCCUACCUCUGCUCCACAUCUUCAGAUGCGUACACGUACCUCGCCAAAAAGCACGCUGAUCUUUACCUCUCAUGGGCUGUAUAUCUACCGUGGACAUUCUACAGUUACCUGAAAUCAUUGCUCGAUGCGUUCCAGCAGAUUGAUUGUGGAGGCUCCGGUUGUACGAAAUGUUCGUGCAAGCCGGGUAAGCAUGGUGUCGAAUACAGCUGCAAGUGCAAGGCACUGAUAAGCUGUCGUGGAGUGAUGACUACGUUCUACCAGUACGGGUUCACUUUUGGCGACGCAAAAACGCUGUAUGGAACUAACAGGAAAUUCUGCCUUAGUUUCAGUACACAGCUGAGUAAUCUGCUGAAAUCGCAACACUUCACCAAAUUAUUUGAAGAAUGUGACAACUUCAUUUGGACAAUCAGAGAACCGUUCACCUAUCUAGUCCUCGCGCUCUGGUCACUCUCCCUUUUCUACCUCGUUUGCGUAAUGGUUGGCAGACUGGAUGUGCUCCAUAUCAAAUCGCACUUACGAUCACCAUCAUCGCACAAGAUUACUGCUCAAUCAUUGUUGGCGGCGGCGCAAGUCGGAAGGCUUGCCAAGAUAUCGUACCUGCAGCCGUGA